CUGUGGAAAGGGCAGGUUCUUCCUGGAAUGCAAGAGCUCACCAGCAGGUAGCAGUGAAAAAAACAUGCAAGGUCUCUGCUCAGCUUGUGUACAGAGAAUAAAAUCAUGCACAGAGGCAUGCAUCAGCAUGUGUAUGGGGAGUAAGAUUGUGCUUGGAGCUUCUGCAAAACAACCCUCUGUUUCUUGCUGUCUGGAAAUAACUGUCCGCAUUGUGUGUGGUUGGGCCAGUGGAUGAAGUGUUAUCUGAACUGAUCCACUGUCUCCUAUAAUAAUGUCCCACAUUGUGCUCCAGAACCCACUUUGUCAGUGUGGGCAACAGAGAACUGAGCGGGGGAGGUAAUGGAUUAUGUCCAGGGAACUUGUGAAAUCCCUUUAAAAAGCGAAAAGUGAAACUAUGGGGGGUCAUCAGAGCAUCUGGGAGUGUUCUGCCCCCCAACAGAGCACUGAGUUAUUAAUAAGAUACUAUGUAUUGUUAUAGGGUGCAUUUAAUUAGAACUCUUUAUUUUUUUCCUGGAACCAUUUAUUAUUGUAUGUUACCAAGGAACUCUUUUUCAAUAGAACCCUGCCAGAUAUUGAGACCAUCUGGGGAGGUCUGGUUACAGUUUCCACCAGCUUGGGACCGGGCCUUCUCUAUGGCUGCACCAGGGCUUUGGAAGGUGAUCCAUGUCAAAUAAGAGCAUCUCUGUUUCUGCCUGCCUUUAAAAAGGGCCUUAGGGCAUAUCCGGUUUUCUCAGGCUCUGCAGUAGCCUGCCUGCCCGCCAAUCAUGCAGGCUUAAAGCCUGCCUGCCCGCCUACUGAUCAUGAAGGCUUGCAUUCUGCCCACCUGUGCAGCUAGCCCACCAAAUCUCUUGUUGCGGGGUGGAGGGUUGUGCUGAGAGCCGGUAGCGGCUGGACCUGUUCUGUCUACCCACCCAAUACACAGCAACAACAACAAAAAUUUAUAUACUGCUUUUCAACAAAAGUUUCCAAAACGGUUUACAUAGAGAAAUAACAAAUAAAUAAAUGUGAUGGAUCCCUGUCCCUCUGAAGGGCUCACAAUCUAAAAAGAAACACAAGACAGACGCCAGCAAAUGUCACUGGAGGGAUGCUGUGCUGGGGGUGGGUGGGGCCAGUUACUCUCCCCCUGCUCAAUAAAGAGAAUCACCAUGUUAAAAAGGGGCCUCUCUGCCCAGUUAGCAGGGGUUUCCUGUUACAAUAGACUGUUGUGGGGGUGGGUGGAGGGCCCUGAGAGCUGGGUAUGGUUGUGCCAUUUGUGGCUGGGCCUGCUCCGCCUCCCCGUGUGGCAGAGGGGGCGGCGGCAAAAGGCCUUUAGGUCCACUUCUAGGUUCCAAAAUUCCCUAGGUGCACCUCUGUAGGAAUCUGCCUUAUACCGAGUCAGACCAUUAGUCCAUCCAGCUCAAUAUUGUCUACUCUGACUGGCAGUGGCUCGCCAAAGUUUCAGGCAGGAAUCAGCCCUGCCUCCAGAUGCCAGGGAGUGACCCUGGGAACCUUUGCAUGCAAGCGUGCAGAUGCUCUUUCACUGAGAUAUGAAUCCCCUAAAGGGAAAAUAUUAUAGAGGUCACAUGUAGUCACCCAUUCAAACGCAAAAUGAGGUGGACCCUGCUUAGUAAAGGGGACAAAUCAUGCUCACUACCACAAGACCAUGUGAUUUGUUGUAUUUUAAGUGGUUUUUAUUGAAUGUUUUUAAUGUGUUUUUAUUGAAUGUGUUUAAUGUUGUGCCUCUCAGAGAACAAUUUAUUACGGGGUGGCUAACAAAUAAACUGUAUUUAUUAUCAUCUUCUUCUUCAUCAUCAUCAUCAUCAUCAUCAUCAUCAUCAAUAAGACCAGCUCUCCUCCCAACUGAAAUAACAAAAGGUGCAAGGGAAAGAGAGCCAUCCAACCAGGGAAGCAGUGAAUCAGAAGCUAGUCGCCACUUCCUGCUAAAAAGGGUAUCCCAUGCUCUGUGGCUGCUGAGACAAUACUUGGUGUUGGUUCCCUUCUUGAUCCACACAGAGACUCCGGAGAAGGUCUGUGUACAGCUGAGCCACCUGAAUGAGUCGGUCACGCUGAGUGUCACCCUUGAAUAUGGAGCAGAGAAUAAGACCCUGAUCAGUAACGUGGUUUUGGACAGGGAUGUCUUCAGCUGCAUCCCAUUCGAGAUUCCCAAACUGAGUGGCACCGACCGGGCGUUUCUCACCGUGUUGGUUAAGGGGCAGACGCUGGAGUUCUCAAGCCGAAAACAGGUGUUGAUCAAGAACCCAGAAAGCCUGGUCUUUGUCCAGACGGACAAACCCAUCUACAAGCCAGAACAGAAAGUUAGGUUUCGAAUUGUCUCUCUGAAUGAAGAUUUCCAACCCUUGAAUGAGAAGUUUCCUUUGGUUUACAUCCAGGACCCCAGGAGGAACCGCUUGUUCCAGUGGCAAAAUGUGGAGCUUCAGGGGGGCCUCAAGGAGCUCUUCUUUCCUCUGUCCGCUGAGCCCCCACUGGGCACCUACAAGGUGGUGCUAGAGAAAGCCCCUGGGAAGACGAUUGAAAAGUCCUUUAAUGUGGAUGAAUAUGUAUUACCCAAAUUUGAGGUCAUGAUGAACGUACCCAAGAUAAUAACAGCUAUAGACAAAGAACUGAAAGUGACCGUCUGUGGCAUGUACACUUAUGGGAAGCCUGUCCCCGGCCUGGUAACUAUUAAAGUUUGCCGGAAAUACCUGUAUGAUUGGCCCAGAGGCCCAUAUUAUGGAGCAGUCUCAGACCGUAUAUGUGAAGAAUUCAGCAGAGAGGCAGAUGGGCAAGGCUGCUUCUCUCAGGUGGUGCAGACAAAGGUCUUUCAGCUGAUGAGCCUAGGUUAUAAGAUGAACAUCGAUGUGGAAGGCCAGAUCAAAGAAGAAGGCACAGGGGUGAAGUUGACAAGCACAGGUUCCACGGAGAUCACUGGAGCUCUCAGCAUAAUUACCUUUGAAAAGAUGGACACUUAUUUCAAGCCUGGGAUCCCCUUCUUUGGGCAGGUGAAGCUGGUGGAUGGUGCCGAAGUGCCAUUGGCUAACAAAACGAUCCAGAUUACCGCUUUUCAAACUAUCCCGGUACCGCGCUUCGAGUACAAGGCCAACUACACAACGGAUGCCAAGGGCAUAGUACAGUUUUCUAUAGAUACUUCCAACUUCACAGAACACUCGAAGUGGAUUUAUUUCCUAGUGCACGCAGAAUUUACAUUCCAAGGUUCACGUUAUGGAGCAGGCGGGAUCACUUUACACCACCAACGAGAAUUUCCCCUCAUAUCAAAUUUCUACUCACCAAGUCGAAGCUACCUUUAUAUCGAGUCUGUCCCUGGAACACUAAGCUCUGGGCAGACUCAGCCUGUUCGAGUGCACUAUGUCCUGAAUUCAGAUGUUCUGGAAGAGGAGAAGGUCACCUUUAACUAUUUGGUGAUGGCUAAGGGGAGAAUUGUGAAGACAGGGACCCACCCUCUGCUUCUGGAACACAAAAAAGAUAAAGGGACUUUUCUUCUGGAUCUCUCUGUGGACAUCCAUAUGGCUCCCUUGGCACGCUUGCUUCUAUAUACUAUUUUGCCCAACGGAGAGCUGGUUGCUGGCUCAGCAGAUUUCACCGUCGAAAAGUGCUUUGCAAACAAGGUGAAAUUACAAUUCUCAGAGCCCGAAGGCCUGCCUGGCAGCAAAACCCACCUUCAUCUUGCGGCCUCCACAGGGUCCCUCUGUGCCAUCCAUGCUGUUGAUAAGAGCGUCUUCCUCCUGAAGCCCGAAGCUGAGCUCUCGCCUCGGAUAGUUUAUGAUUUGCUCCCUGUGAAGGACCUCAGAGGCUAUAACUACAAGGGCAACAAAGUGAAUGAGCCCUGCGAUGAGCACAGGCUUUAUGCUGAUCCUGAAGGUGAUGCCUUUCAAAUUCUCAGGGACUUCGGCUUAAAGGUUUUUACCAGUGCCAAGAUCUACAAGCCUACUAACGUUUGUCCAGCUGACUCAGAUGAAAAGCCAGACUCCCAACCUGGAAUCGGGCCCCCGCCAUCUAUGGAUUAUGCAGCAAGGUCUCCUGUACCUAGACGAGAUGAUGUUGAAAUCCCGCAGCCUGCCAGGAGUUUCUUCCCUGAGACCUGGUUCUACCAAACACAUUCCCUUGGCUCUGAACAUGAGGUGGAGAUACCAGUGACCAUUCCGGACACCAUCACGGAAUGGAAAGCAGGAGCCUUCUGCCUGUCCGGAGAGGCAGGCUUCGGCCUCUCCCAGCCCAUCACCCUCAAGGCCUUCCAGCCCUUCUUCCUGGACCUCAUCAUGCCCUACUCCAUUGUGCGUGGUGAAGCCUUCAUCCUGAAAGGCACAGUCUUCAGCUACCAGCAGCAUUGCAUCAGGGUCGCUAUAUCACUGGCUCCCUCACCUGACUUUGUGGCUUCACCUGUGGAGAAGGAGGAGGAAUCCUACUGUCUGUGUGCAAACGGAAGGAAAACUGUGUCUUGGACUGUGACUCCCAAAUCUCUGGGUGAAGUGAACUUCACAGCCAGCGCUGAGGCCCUGAGCUCCGAUCAGCCCUGUGGGAAUGAAUUAGUGGAGACACCCCAAAAAGGACAAAAGGACAUCGUGAUCAAAUCCCUCUUAGUUGAGCCUGAAGGGGUUGAGAAGGAAGUGGUCUUCAGCAACCUGCUCUGUGCGGCUGAAGAUUCACAGACAGCACCAAUUUCUUUAAAACUACCAGAGAAUGUAGUUGAAGACUCAGGCAGGGCCUUCUACACUGUUCUGGGGGACAGCUUGGGCACAGCCCUGCAGAACCUGCACCAGCUUCUCCAGUUGCCCCACGGCUGUGGAGAGCAGAACAUGGUCCUCUUUGCACCCAACAUCUACGUCCUGGACUACCUGAAUAAGACUGGGCAGCUAACGGAGGAGACCAAGUCCAAGGCCAUCGGAAACUUGGUUGCUGGCUACCAGAGACAGCUGAACUUCAAGCAGGCCGACGGCUCCUACAGUACCUUCACUCACCAGCCUGGGAAUUCCUGGCUGACGGCUUUUGUGCUCAAGUCCUUUGCUCAGGCGAAGCGCAUGAUCUAUAUCCAAGAGACGCACAUCUCGGAUGCGCUGGCCGCACUGGCUGCCAGGCAGGAGCAGAACGGCUGCUUCCUAAGCACCGGGCAGAUCUUCCACAUCGCCAUCAAGGGUGGGGUUGAUGAUGAGGCCACGCUCUCUGCCUACAUCGCCAUUGCUUUGCUGGAGAUUCCUCUGCCUGUCACUCACACAGUGGUGCGCAACGCUUUGUUCUGCUUGGAGAUGGCAGCACAGGUGCAAGAUCUCAACGUCUACAACCAGGCCUUGCUGGCGUACGCCUUUUCCUUAGCAGGGAAGGAGGACAAGAGGGAACAGCUCUUGCGGGCCCUUGAUGGAAAAGCUGUGAAAGAAGAGGAUGGCUCCAUUCACUGGCAGCGACCUGGGAAGCAGGAGGAGGAGAACCCUGACCUGUCUUUCUAUCGGCCCCGUGCCCCCUCUGCGGAGGUGGAGAUGACAGCCUAUGUGCUGCUUGCUCACCUCACCAAACAGCCGGCACCAUCCCAGGAGGACCUGACCACAGCGUCCAAGAUUGUCAAAUGGCUUAGCAGGCAGCAGAACCCCACGGGCGGUUUCUCUUCCACACAGGACACAGUGGUGGCACUGCAGGCCCUCUCCCUGUACGCGGCCUCUACCUAUGCCCACAGCACAGCAGGCGCAAAAGUGACCCUGAAGCACGGAGGGGCCAUCCUGAAGGAGUUCCAGGUGGACAGCAGCAACCGCCUCCUGCUUCAGCAGGAGCCUCUGCCCAGUGUGCCAGGGGACUACAGCUCCGAGGUGACCGGGGAAGGAUGCGUCUACAUACAGACCUGCUUGAAAUACAACGUGCAGCCUCAUCAGGAAGGUGCGCCUUUUGCCCUGCACGUGGACACGAUUCCCGAGACCUGCACUUCACCCGAGGCCAGCAGGACAUUUGACAUUGCGAUCAAUGUCAGUUACACAGGCCAACGCCCCGUCUCCAACAUGGCGAUCAUUGAUGUUAAGAUGCUCUCAGGAUACAGCGCACUGAAGCCAUCAGUUGCAAAGCUGGCAGGUGCUGGAAGUGCAGUCAAGAGGACAGAAGUGAAAACCAGCCACGUCCUCCUCUAUUUGGAGCAGGUGAGCAACGUGAUGCAGAGUUACUCCUUCACAGUGGCGCAAGAUGUGGCUAUUCAGGGCCUGAAGCCUGCCUUGGUGAAAGUCUACGACUACUAUGAAACAGAUGAAUUUGCUAUGGCGGAGUACAACGCCCCCUGCAGCACAGAUGCAACUCAGAAUGGGAAUGCAUAAAGAAUGAAGGCAGCUCCUGCACCUCCUACCCGAUCCUGCCUGCACCUUCCUUCCACCAGACCAAGAAAAGGAAAGGAAAAGGCAUUUCCCCAGAACCAGUCAGCUGAACAAUGACCACUUCUGGUCCCUUUGCUGCUUACGCCAAAGCCUGCUUGUUCCAUGGCUUUAGAAACCCCAAGACCAAUGACUCAGCCUGCCGUAGUAUGUCCGAAAGAACAAGCUAUGUGGCAGAUCUGAGUAAAUACCGGGGUCAAAGCCCUGUAACAUUGCAUUGUGUCACUGUCUGGCUUUUCUUCUUGGGGCUCCAGGAGAGAGAGCCUUUUGGUCCAUAUGCUAUGCUCCUCCAUUGCAUGGAAUAAAAUAACAUAAAAAUA